AUGAAGAUUCUCCCAGAGAAACUCAAAUCAAUGGAUAACUUUCUCGAUACUACGUAUACUCAAUCUAUCUUGAAGCUCUAUAAUUCUGAACUUCUCCCAACUCAAAAGGAAUUGGAGAAAAAGGAGGAAUUUUUCAAAACAUUUGAAAAAGCGAUCACUAAAAAAUGGAGUGAUGCUAAACUUUUCACGUUUGGAUCCUUUGCAAACGGUCUCUCAUUAAGGGGUAAUAGUGACAUUGACUUUUGCUUUAUUUUGACGCUCACUCCAGAAAGGAUGAGAAAAAAUUUCAAAGAAAUUGAAAAAGAAAGGAAACUCAUUGAAGAACAAAAGAAAGAAGAAAAAGGAAGUUCUAACAAAUUCAUGAAAUUACUCUCAGAGGAGCAAUAUCAUAAGAAAAAUUAUGUUUCUCAGUUGGCACAAUUUUUGGAAGCCAAACUCCACUAUUCAGAUGUACAAGGAAUCUUUAACGCAAGAGUACCCAUUGUCAAAUUCACUGAACCAAUAUUGAAAUUGCAUUGUGAUGUGGGUGUCAACAACAUUUUAGCUGUAUACAACACAAAACUUGUAGGAUUAUAUUGCGAUAUAGAUGUUAGAUGUAAGCAACUGAUAUUUUUCUUAAAGUUUUGGAUAAAACAACGAUGUAUCAAUGAUCCCUAUAGAGGAACUCUAAGUUCUUACUCUCUAGUCAUAAUGAUCAUUCACUUUCUUCAGCACAACAAGGUGCUUCCUUUUUUACAAGACAAAACAAUUUUUACAAAUAUGCCUUUACGAAAUAUUGACGGCAUGGACGGAAAUAUGUACGAUUGUUCAUUCGAAGAGUCGAAGGAAGAAAUUUAUUCCAAGUUUGAAAAGACAAAUACUGAUUCUGUUGGAUUGCUGCUUUUCAAAUUCUUUAAAUAUUAUGCAUUUGAAUAUAGAUUCAAAACUAACGUGAUCAGCAUUCGUCAGUCAGCCCAACCUCUCAUACCCAUAGAAGAAAAAAACUUCCCUCAUCCCUUUCGAGUGGAAGACCCAUUUGAGAUUGACUACAACACUGCCAAAAGUGUGAAUAAGAACGGGUUAAAAGCAGUUAGGUAUGAAUGUAUUAGAGCAUUUUACCUUAUCCAAAAACAAUCCAAUUUCAAGGAUGUUGUGUGUGCUAGAUUAAGCAAUUAA